UGUAAGUAUGAAAAGUAAGGAAUUUAUGAUAAAAAUGAAGUUAUUUUUACAGAUGUGUUGACUUAAUGGCGCUUCUAGUUGGGGGAUCCAAUCUUGCCGGCUGGAGAAAUGAUGCAGAACUGAUAAAUGAUAAAAACUUUACUAAAAAGAUUGCGGAUUUCCCGUAUACCAUUGAUGCACCUUACGGAUUUUGGUCAGGGCCUACUGGUGGAGUGGUGGUUUGUGGUGGAAAGAACUGGGAUGAGGAUAUAACUGAAACUAGAUGCUGGAGAUAUCUUCAUUGUACAGAUACAUGGACUCAGCUGUACACAGAUCUUCCAGUACCAUCAAGUGGUGGUGUUGGCGUUCCUGUGCAAUAUAGUUCUGGAGAAUGGGGUCUCUGGAUAUUAGGAGGAGGAAAUGGAGUAGAUGCAAUUGAUAAUGUUCAGAUUCUAUCAACAGAGGGAGAAAAUCUAGUCUGGAGUGAGGGGCCUAGACUAAUACAUUCUAGAUAUGGACAUUGUGCUUUCCUGAAUCCUGUUACACAACAAAUCCAUGUUUUUGGUGGACGAGAUAAUCAGAAUAUUUUGAAAUCAAUGGAGAUACUCAACAUAGAGGCGGCUACAUCACAGGUAGUCGAGGAUUGGAACUUUGCUGAGAAUAGAUGGGGAGCUUUGUGUCAGACAUACCAGGACUCUCAAGGUCAAAUGAAGGUAAAGAGGUUAAAGGUCAAAUUAAAGUAAAAAUCCCAGAGGUCA